UUUUAUUUAAUUUACAUGUAGAUGGAUGAAGUUACAAGAUGUUUAAAUAAUAAAGUAGCCAUUGGUUAACCACAAGACUCCUUUUGUGAGGGUAGAGACAAAAAUUCCUUGAAUUACAGAAAUAUUACAAUGGGUAAUGCAACAUCUGAACCAAUGCAGCAACAAACGCAGCUAAARAAAUCAUCUAAUGAUGAAAAAAGAAGAAAAUUUCCYAGAUGGCACAACAUAAGYAAAAGACUCACWAGAGGGAAAGCWAUGUUUAGAAGCCAUGACCAUGCUAAAAUGCUUAGAGAUCUUGUACAUACWUGGAGCUAUCAAGAAAUAGUUGCUCUAGUUGAGCAUUACAAAAUGCUGAUAUCUCUGAAGGAUUCUUUAAUACAAAACAAUUUAAUCCGUCCCCAUGUCCAACCACUUAAAAAUGACAUGCUUGAUUUACUUCACAAACAAUUCUGUACUGAUGUCACUCUUGUYUUUAAUGGAGUCAAAUUCCCUGCUCACAAAGCAAUACUUUCAUCMCGGUGUACAUACUUUCAAGAAUUAUUUUUAGAAAUGGAGCAAAAUAGUAAUGGUGAAAUACCGGUGAAUUUCCCYGUGGAUGGUAUCACACAYGAAAUGUUCAAAACACUUCUACAGUAUCUUUAUACRGGGGAUUUCCCUAACCAAACAUCAGGGCAUCUUGACAUGUUGAUGCAACUUGGUGAYGAAUUUGGGACGCCUAAUGUCCUYGAACAAGACUUCAAAGGACUCUUAUACAAUGGCCAACAUGCUGAUAUGAUGCUUGUAUUUCAAGGACAUCAUUAUCCUGARAUUGUGAAGGAUAARUCUGAGUUAUCAGAGACCAAUUUUGAAGUGCCYUGCCACAAGGCCAUACUCUGCGCACGUUCUUCWUARUUUAGAUCUUUGAUACUGAACAAAGAACUCCAGCUUCCAGUGUGCGAAGAUACUGGCUGCAUCCGUGUAGUKAURGAUGAAAGAAUACUUCCUCAACAAUAUGCUAGAGUUGUACUACAAUGCAUGUACACUGAUUCAUUUGAUCUUUCAUCCGUUGUGAAAUGGAGCUCAGAGGAAAGGAAGUCUUAUGGUAUAGGUACCCACAAUCUGUUGACCAUGGCUGAGAUUGCCAUGGAAGUAUACGAAGUGGCCAAGUUUAUUGAAUUUGAUGUUCUUGCACAAGGCUGUGAGGAUGUUUUACAAGAAGAGCUCUCACCUUCAUCCUUAUUAAAUGUGCUUGAAUGGAGUUCUCAACCUCAUGGAUCUGAAUGGGUGUCCAGACAAGCAGAACAGUACUUACUAGAAGAAUUUACCACAAUYGCACAAACAGACACAUUCAGCAAACUCCCUAAAAAAUACCUGGUGAAAAUAUUGCAAUCAGAUUUUCUACAGGCUUGUGAACAUGAUGUUUUGCUUUCUGUCAUAAGAUGGGGCGAGGCUCAUGCAGCUAAGAAGAUCCAAGCUAGACAAGGUAAGAAAAGCUACAUAAAUCACUCAAUAGGUGUAGCUAAGAAGAUCCAAGCUAGACAAGGUAAG